AUGGAUAACACUGCUACAACAGUCAUAAAUGGAAAUUCUGGAAUAAAGUUUAAAAUAAUAGAAUGGACGGCAAAUAAUUAAGAUGCUUCAAAUAUGCUAAAACUUAAGAAAGAAUUGGCUAAAAAAAUACUGAGGUAAUAGUAGAAGCCUUGA